AUGUCUGAGAAGAAGCUCUUUAUCAAGUUUGAACGAGUUAAAAACAUCGGCAGAAUUGAAACAGAGUACAAGAAGAUAAAGAAGGAGCUUGCUGAAUUACAGGGGGAAAUAGAACGAAUUAGAGAAGAGAGAGGGAAAAUAAACCUGGAAAAAAUUACAGCUAGAAGGAAGCAGCUUGAGACUGAAUACACUAACAUGAUUGAUGGAAUGGAUUUAUUCAAAUGA